CACUUUGUUUCCAGUUGCCAGAUGAGGAGCUGUUAAAGAUGUUGAUCACUGAUUGUCACCUGGAUCAGAUGGAGAAUCUGCAUUGGAAAGUACUGGAUAAUUCUAAUUUGCUCCAGCAAACAUCGAAUUUUUCUAUGAAUACCAGGCGGGCUGAGAAGAACCGGCACGCAGCUAAAGUGCGGCGUGACCGUGAAAUGGAGGUGAUGACCAGUCUUGCUGAAGCCCUACCAUAUGAGCCAGUGGUUGGGCAGCAACUGGACAAGGCUUCAGUGUUCCGACUUGCUACUGCCUUCCUUAAGCUGAAACGCACUUUGGCCGAUCGAAAUAGCAGUGGGGUGGCUGCUUUACCAGAAAGCUGUGAAGAAUUGGAAAACGAGUCUGCUCCUUGUGUGGAUCUGCUGGAUUUGCUUGAGGGUUUUCUGCUAAUGACAAAUGGAGAAGGAGACAUCCUUUACAUCUCCGACAACGUAGAAGGAGCUCUCGGCCUGAGCCAGAUGGAACUUCUCGGGCACAACGUUGCUGAGUUUGUAUUUCCACCGGAUUGCGCUGAGCUGUGGAAACAGAUGUCCCCUGAUCUGACCUUGCACAAUAUUGAUGAACAGCAGCCCACAAGCAUCGUGAAGCAGGUGCGUAACUUCUACAUCAGGAUGCAGACGCUAGGAAAGAAACAGGCGAAUCGCACCAGGCCAUCGUCUUACGCGCACGUGCAUGUUCAUGGGCAUCUGCGAGUAAAGAAUGAUGCAGCUGGUGCACACUCGGUAGAAGGCUUGAGCUGUCUUUGUCGUAUCGUGGACGUUGGCCCUUUCAUUGAGCAGCCGUUUGUGACCGGAAACAUGUUCAUGAGUCGUCACAAUCUAGAGUGCGCCUUCUUGGAGUUGGACUCCAGGGUUAUGAUGCUUAUUGGUUAUGAGCCAAUGGAGUUGAUUGGAACGACACUUUUCCAGUUCCAUUCACCAUUAGAUGUUCAUAAACUAAAGAAGUGCCAUGAUAGUUUGCUAAAGACUGGUAAAGCUGUCAGCGAAUGCUAUAGAUUCCUAGGGAAGACAGAUGCAUGGAUAUGGAUGAAGACACGUGCCUCAAUAAUCUUCAACACAAACCACCAACCACAGUACAUCAUGUGUCAGAACUUUAUCCUUAGUGAGAGCGAAGCCGAACAAUCAAUGACGCCAUUCAUGCAGUCUCCGACUGAACGUGGUUCCAGAGGCCUGCUGAACGAUGCAAGCUCUGAGCACGGUUCUUUAGGGACCGACACGACAACAGUCGCUACAGCGAUACAUCCCCCUAAGCAGAGUCAUACUGCGCAGUGGCAGACCACCAAUGCGGGCAGUGGCGCCACCUCUACCCACAAAGACAUCGGGGCUUUUUCGACGGCAGCAAACUGCCCUCCUCUGUUUGGGCCACAGAAGAGGAAAUGUUGGGCCAAAUCGAUUAAAGUUACAUCGCCAGUAAAGGCUUGCUCUUCCCCUGGCAGUGCAAGCGUGGCCGUGUCAGAUGGCACUAGCACUCCAGGAGUGCAGUGGCCUGACUGCAUCACCACGACCUCGAAGUCGACCGACAUCAGCCUUGUGGCUUGCAAGGCUGGUGGCCAUGAUAAGGUAUUCGACGAUGUACAUUCUACACGCACCCAGUCCAUGGCGCACGUGACAAAACGGCAGGCAAGGCUAGGUCAUUUGAGAUCGCGUAGUGCGAACCUGUACUUGCAACGGAAAGGCUGUCACUUUGAGCAGUAUAGCAGAGGUAACACACUGCAUAGCAAGGGCCAGGCGCCUGAAAGAUGCCCUGGUGCGAAAGGAUCGUUUGCAACAGGGACUGUUACUCGAGCUGAUGUCGAAUCCACUCCCCUGCUGCAGCAGUCUAAUCUAACGACUCACAAAUGUUCUUACAUCCAAAGCGUGUUGCCUACGGAGGGCACGCACGAACUGAAUCCUAUUGUGGGUUGUGAUCACAAAGUGCAUUCACAGGGAGGGAUAUCAGUGGACAGCCCACAGUCGGGGAAUUCAUUCUCCUCUGGCUACCAAAGUAAUGCGAGUAACGACUCGGAUGAAGAUAUGGACGUACAUACUACUGCAGAUGUGGAGUCGAAGAUUGACCUGCCCAUCCUGCCCUCGAUCCCAGCAAGUACUCUGUCACCGAUCGUGGACAGGUCACCGCCAUGGAAUUUGAGGAAUGUCCUACCAUCGAUUGACACGAAUGCGAGGAAAAUCACUGGUGGGUUUGUGCCUCGCUCCCCAGAGGAAAACUCCAAGCCCAUACUCAGCUUCUUAGACCCGAUAGUGCAGAGCUCAUCGAUGCCGUUGAGGGUCACGCAUAACGUGGAGGAGAAGGCAAUGCGAGGCCUGAGUUCCAGUCCUCCAUCGAGAGCUGCCAGCCAUGCCAUAUCCCUUCCGCCGAUCAGCGCAACAGGAAUGUUUUUUGGCACAGAGCCCUCCAGCAACACGUCGGCUGACACUCUCUCUCUUCUGGUCGACGACCUCUGCAAUGACAGUUGCUUCGCUGAUCAGCUCUUGGAUAAGCUACUCGGUGACAACCUGUGUCAAAGCUUGUUGGAGUACCCGCCCGAUUGAUCUUGAUUCCAUUAAUCUUUAUCGGGAAUGUGAUUGACCUGAUGUCUGCUGCACGUCUAAAAUAUUAGAAUAUGCGGCCGUGUACUCAGUCAAGCAUGCCAUAGUUUUCUCCGAAUUGCCACAUUUAUGGUGAAUCCCAUAUUAUUCCUUCAUGGAUAUCUCUUCACUGCUCUGUGCAUAUUCAUUUCAUUCAUGGUCUCUUGCUUUAUAGCUUUACCCACUCCCUGUACUUAUCUGCGUUGCCUAAGUGCACACUUACGUAUGUAUAUAUUACGUUCAUAUACGUAUACAUAUACACAUAUCAGCUCGCAUCAAUUGUUGUUGGUGAGGUGAUGCCCACG